ACCACGCCUCCCUCCCAGAGAGACCCAGGGUCUUGAUCCCUCCCUCUAACCUCCCCGCUUUCUCCGCCCAUUCCUCCACAGUUGAUUCUUCGGGACGGUAUUGUCAUGCAAAUAAAGGACGCGUAAAAUCUCACCCCCGGAGCACGGCGCAGGGCAGAGACUCACACCGAGCAGGAGGAGGACGCAUCCCGGGCCGCACGGUGGAUUUUUUUUAUUUUAUUUUUUUUUAUCCUCGCGUCGCCGCACGGACCCGUCCAUCUGUCUGUUGCAGACUACCUGGCCCCAUGAAAGGCGGCAUUUAGCCAGGACGCAGAUUGGACCGCUGAAGGAAAACGGACGGGGAUCUAACAACGAGGCGGCUGGUCUGGAGAUCCUUCCAGUCUAAAGUGAAGCCGGAGGUGUCUCUUCUCCAUCGCCCUACCUGCUGCUACAGACGGAAAACUAUCACCAGAGACCUCCUGGAUCGCUUGAGAGCCCCCCUUUUAAACGUAUUAGGGGAUUUACGAUCUCUCAAAUAACAUUUUUGCACACCAGGUGUGUCAUUUCCUUUUGUCCUUUUUGGGAUAUACACAAAAAUAUUUUUAGUGCCUUAAAGUGCCUUAACAAGUGGUUAUAAUCCAAUAGAACUGUGGCAUUGUUACCAGACCAGAGACGAUUAUUAGCUUUAGAGUCCAGGCAGGAUUACUCGUCCCCUUCCCUCCUGCGAGCUGCAGCCAUGAGCCAGGCGGACGUGUCGACUUGCUCCGCGCCGCAGAGGGUUUUCCAGGAGGCGGUUAAGAAGGGCAACACCAAGGAGCUGCACUCCUUGCUACAAAACAUGACAAACUGCGAGUUUAACGUCAACUCUUUCGGGCCUGAAGGACAGACGGCCCUCCACCAGUCCGUCAUCGACGGAAACUUGGAGCUGGUGAAGCUCCUGGUGAAGUUUGGCGCAGAUAUCCGACUGGCCAACAGGGAAGGGUGGAGCGCUUUACACAUCGCUGCCUUUGGGGGCCACCAGGACAUUGUGCUAUACCUCAUCACCAAGGCCAAGUAUUCCUCUGGCGCCCGGUGAUCUGUCUCUGCUGUCAGGUGAAAUGACUCUGUUUGGUUGCCCUUUCCCCAGCUACCUCGACUAUAAAGUAUUCUCAAGCUCUUUCUCUCGUUUGGAGUCCGAUGAGAUCUGUGGAUGCCGGUGUCUUUCUGCACACAGAUGGGACUUUUUGCGCAGAAGAUGCAAUGAUUGGUCAAGUUUCUUUGACACUACAACCAAACCAGUGCUGACAAGCAAAGCAUCCCCUCGUUUGUUUCCACUUUUUUCCACUCUCAUGCAUGUUUCUCUGUUUUUACUUUUAUUUUUAGUCUGUUCGUUCAUUUAAUUGAGUUCAAUCGCAUGACUUAUAAAUGCAGGGAGUUUUAUUGCACAAAAACAUGGAGCCUUGAGCGCCCCUAGCGUUCAUAUGGGGUAACUUCAGGAGCCAAGGCAUUGGAUUAUAUAGCUACUACUACUGAUGAAGACUUCAGAACCACACGUGACUGUUGCAGGAUCACACACACACACACACACACACACACACACACACACACACACACACACACACACACACACACACACACACACACACACACACACACACGAAUAAAAAAAAGGAAAAAUUAGGUUUUGUAAACUUGCCUGCUGCUCUUUGAAAGUCAUGACACCCUAACAUUUUUAACAAUGCUGCUUGUAUGUGUCUUUUCUUGGUAAUGUUUUUUAUUUUUUUAUUAGUUUUUUUAAAACUUCAAACAGAAGUUUGGAAGAGUCACAGGACCACUGGUUCAACUCAUGAGAAGCUUUGGGAAAGUAUUUUUAUUAUGCUGGUGUGUGUGCAUGCUUCUCAUGAGGCCUGUGUCUUUUGUGUCAAAUGGUCAUCCAGACUGAGAAAGUAAAGUACCCAUCACAGAUUUGUAAUCGGGGAUGAAUUUAAAAAUUAUGCAUCCAUUUUUUUUCUCUCUUAAACUUGAUCUUUUUGAAAAUUGCACUGACAGCUGUCGUUGAGAAGUUGGCUUUUAUGUGUCAUUUUAUUUUCUGACUAGGAAAAAUAAAAAAAGUAAACAGACACAACAAAAUCCUAUUGUAUAAAGAUAUGCUCCAGGUGAUUGUGUCCUGAUGUGUGUCUCACUUUGUGGAAAAAACAGCAACAAAGGAAAAAAACUAAGUUUUUUCCUACAAAGGUGUGUGUGUCUCUGUGAUUGGGUGUAUGUAUAUAUACAUAUGGAUAUAUAUAUAUCAAUGCUGAUGAUGAUGAUAUUUUCUGGGCACUUUCUUUUCUGAAGUGCUGUCUUCCUGUUUAGUUCUUAUAAAGGGGAAUAAUACAUUUGAUGGUAAGAUCAUUGUAACUUGGUUUAAAAUUGCACACUUGUGUGGUUAUUUGGCUCACGAGGUCAUAACAUUUAUGACGCGAGAAGCCAGCUGUCAGAUUGGUGAGUGCGAGGAUUUUCUUUUUUCUAAAGAAGAAGAAUUUACACAAAAAGAGGGAGAAAGUGCUGAGUUCCUUGGGUCAAAUGAGUGUUUCUGGUCUUGCUUCAUUUCAAGCAGGAGGAGACAGAUGAAUCUUUAAUGAGUGAUGCAGAUGUUCCAUCUUGUCCGAGUUGUUUUAUUGCUUUGUAUACUUUUAUUUUUGAACAUUUGUAACACUGUGAUGAUGAGGAUGAUGUCACUUGAAGAUGAGUGCUGUAUUAUUUUUGUACGUUUGUGUACAAGCCAGUAAAGAAAUCAUUAAACUCAAAUAUGCAGUGUA